CUUACUCAGAGGAGGAUUUACCAGUGUGGCUUUACGUUACAGCACUCUAUUUAAAAUGUAAUUUAAAUGGGAAGCUGAAUUGCAGUGUGAUGCAGUCACAUAGCAACCAAAUAAAUCACAGGUCACAUCAAAUGGUGCAUUGUUGGAUCAACAUCUUGGUUCUCUGAGCAGUCUGGUCCUUAGCUUGCCACUCCUUACCCCAGCUGUGGAUACCGAUGGCUCCGCUCACAGGACUAAGGAUCAGAUGGACUGCUCUUGUCAUUUUCACCCACUCUGGUUACUUACUGUUGGGAGCCACCAUUUUUCAGCUGCUGGAGCAGGAGGCUGAGAGCAAAAAUCGUGAUCAAUUUCAACUGGAAAAAUUAAAAUUCUUGACCAAUUAUUCCUGUUUGGAUGGGCCAGCACUUGAGAGGUUUGUAAAGGUGAUAGUCGAGGCCUGGGAAAGCAGAGUAGAUCCUUCAGGAAAUUCUACCAACCCCAGCAACUGGGACUUUAGCAGUUCAUUCUUCUUUGCUGGGACAGUUGUCACCACAAUUGGUUAUGGAAACCUUUCCCCUUGUACAGUAUGGGGGAAGGUGUUCUGUGUCUUUUAUGCUCUGUGUGGCAUCCCCCUUAACCUGGCCUUUCUCAACCUGCUCAGCAAGUUCAUCCACUUUAAUUUGGGUCUACUUAAGCGUGGCAUAUUCUUAGUGGUCCCACAUAAGUUUAUAGAGGUACUCGCAGUGACUUUGUUCCUCGUGAUUGGCAGCGUUCUUCUAUUGGUCAUUCCUCCUUUAAUGUUCAGCUAUGUAGAAGGCUGGUCAUAUGGAGAAGGCUUUUACUUUGCCUUUAUAACAUUGAGCUCUAUUGGGUUUGGAGACUAUGUUGUUGGUAUGUAUCAGUAA